AAGACGACGAUACAUUUCAAACCAGGCAAGGAUAAUGCCCCUCUGGUAUUCCUUCUUUCUUCGUCUUUCAAGGAUCGAGAAAAGCAUGGAGGGCAUCCCUCGAAUGGGUCUAUGAUUGGAUCGACGAAACCAACCUAACUUAUUCUGCUCAUUAUCAUGUGGAUGGACGAUCUAUAGCUGCAGUUGAUUAGGUAGGCCCAUGAACAGGGCAGAAACUUUGUAUCCAUAUAUCCUCCCUCCCUUCUAGGAACUUUGUCUCCUCCCUUUGCCGUCAUUGAAGCAUCUCCUUGCGUUGAACUCAUUUGCAUUAGGUUUCUUCUUGCAGCAGCUUUCCCCAUGCAUCAAGCGUGUCUUCUGAUACCAGUUCCUUGUUUACGUUCUCUUGCAUGUAUUGGUAACACGCCAUAGAAGUGGUCGGUCUACGUUGUGCGCAUUCCCCGUAAUCUCUGUGAGAAGCUACCGUCGCGAAGUAAUAAUUCCCGCACCGAAUACUGGCAUUUAAAUCCCUCGGCCUCUUCAUGAUCCAUCAGCCACCGCAAGCCACCAAGCGUUCUUCUACGCUGGCAUCGAGACAUGCUUCCGAGGACGGUCCUCAUGUCGUCCUUCUUCUUCCUCCUCGCCUUCGUCACAUGCACGUCGGUGCCGAUGACGCCGACAAGCCCCGACGAGAACACGACGGAGUUCAUCCGCGCCCGGUGCGGCGGCACCCGGUACCCGGACCUCUGCUAUACGUCGCUCUCCGGCUACGCGGCCGCCGUCCAGCACAGCCCCCUGAAGCUCGCCCGCGUGGCCACCAACGUCACCCUCGCCCGCCUCCGUGCCCUAUGCUCCCACGUCUCCGCCCUGCGUCGCGCCAGUGGCGCCGGACACGUGGCAGCGGCGCUGAGGGACUGCGCGGAGGAGCUGGGAGACGCGGCCGACCAUGUGGGCAGGACCGCCACGGAGCUGCGGGAGCUGGAGUCCGUGGAGGAGCCGGAGGUGGCGUGGCGGGUGUCCAGCGCGCAGACGUGGAUGAGCGCCGCCCUGACCUACGAAGGCACCUGCUCCGACGGCUUCCGGAACGUGGGCAGCGGCGGCACGAGUUCUGUCGAGGCCGACGUGUGCCGCCGGGUUGGAAAGGUGAAGAAGUACACCAGCAACGCCCUUGCUCUCGUCAACGGCCUUGUCGACGGCCGAUGAUCUCCCGCCGUCCGUCGAUCACUGUCACCGAAACUAUCGUGUUCCAGUGUUACGUACUCUAUGUAUCUGUCAUACUAUUUCUAAUUCUGUUCGGAGUCUAAUGCGAUGUAUUAUUACGUUGAGCAAUCAACAUAAUUAAAUGCAAC